GAACUCUUCUGUCCCACCUCGACGGGGCGCGGUUCCGAGGGUGGAGUUCACCGUCUCAGCUCUGAGAGCGUUUCAAAUAGCUUACUAAAGAUACCUCCGCUGCGUUCGUUGGCGCUGAGACGAGCCGCACUUCUCCUCCGGGUCUGCAGUUUUUGGCACUUUGUGGAAACUGGUUUCAUCCAUCCCGUUCACGGACACCGAAAGAUGAUGGCUCCGGAGCCACUGCGAUCCGUGUUGACAAUCGGGAGCGUGGAGGACACGUCGCUCGCGCUGCCCUCCGACAGCAAGCUGCGCUCGGGACAGCAGCGCGUGCUGGAUCAGGUGCACACCAUCAAGAGGAGCAAGUCCAAACCGGGGAAGAACGGCACGCAGUCGCCCUCACCAACAAGCCUGUCUCCUCAGACUUUAACAACAUAUACCGAGUUUGGAGCGUUCAAGUUCUCUCCAUCCAAAACCAAUGGCACCUUCAGCCACACCAGCUCCGCUAUGUCAGCAGGCUACAACAAAAUGAUGAAUACUCAGAAGAGCCGCUCUCUAUCUGCUAAAGCCAUGAGGGGAAGAUAUGUGAGCACCUCAGGCAUAUGGGAACAGCAAAACAACGCUUCCACCUGGCCCAACAGACCCAAUGGGCUGAAACCCAGUCGCAGUGACCCUGCCUUGGCUCCUCCUUUUUCUCCUGCUCCUGUACCUAUGGUUAUGAGAGCCAAAGGGCAGGCUGCCCAGAGCCAGCACUCCCUCCAGGCUCGAGUAAAUAGGCAAAGCACCUAUUCCAUAACCAAUGGCACUCAGAUGACCAGCAGCCAGACACGCAUCGUCCAGCCGCCCUCUGCCCUGUCUCAAACUGAUGGCAAGAUGGGUACCAUGAAAACAUCCAAGUUAGAGCAGCAAUCAGCGGUGAACAGUACGAUAAACAUGUCAGACCUGACCCUAGACGAGGCUUUAGAAUUCCUGUCUCACCCUGAAGAGAAGUUUCAGCUGUGUGGAGCCAGCUUCAUCCACCACCUCACCUUCAAAGAGGAGCGCACCAAGCAGGAGAUUUUCCAACUAGGGGGUAUCCCCAUUCUGGUAUCCCUGCUGCGGAGCCCCAACCCUGGGGUGAGUCAGUCUGCUGCUGGGGCUCUGAGAAACCUAGUGUUCAAAGAUGAGGACAACAAGCUGGAGGUUCAGCACUGUGGCGGUAUAGCAAAGGCCCUGCAGCUACUGAAGGAGACAGAUUCUACUGAGACCCAGAAACAAAUCACUGGCCUGCUAUGGAACCUGUCCUCCAACGAUAAGCUGAAGGAAGAACUUAUAGCUACAGCACUGCCCGCCCUGACUGAGAAUGUGGUGUUGCCAUUUACCUCCUGGUCAGACAACAGCAUCAACAACAACAUACACCCUGAUGUCUUCUACAGUGCCACAGGUUGCCUGCGGAACCUUAGCUGCGCCCAAAAGAAGGAGAGGCAGGCAAUGAGAGAGUGCCGGGGCCUCAUCGACUCCCUCAUGAAUUACAUCCAGUCCUGCGUGGCAGAGGAAAACCCCGAUGACAAGUCUGUGGAGAACUGUGCAUGCAUCCUCCAUAACUUGACUUACCAACUGGAGGCUGAGUCCCCUGAGUGCUUCAGCAAGUUCCAACCUCAGACUGGGGACCAACCUGGGAGUAAGAAAAGCCCCGCAAUUGGAUGCUUCAGCCCUAAGAGCAGCAAGGCUCAAAAGCAGUUUUCGUUUGAUGUGGCUCGGGGAUUGCCAGAGGACGCCCCGUCAGGUGUGAAGUGGUUGUGCCACCCCAAAGCCAUGCAGACCUACCUGGCCCUGCUGGGCUCGUCGCAGAAAGAUGCCACCCUGGAAGCCUGCUGUGGUACCCUGCAGAACCUCACUGCCAGCAAGGGAGCGGGGUCCAGUGUCAUGAGCCAGAUUUUGGUUAAAAAGUUGGGGGCUCUGCUGUACAUGCCCACUCUUAUAAAGUCUCCUAACCGCAGCCUGCAGAAGACUGCCAUGUGCCUGCUGGGUAACAUGUCCCGGACCAGCAGUUUGCAGACCACCAUGGCAAAGCAGAUUCUGCCUGAGCUCACCAGCCUCCUGUCUUCUAGCCCCACGGAGAUGGGAAAGUCUGACGAAAGUAUUUCAACAGCUUGCAGCACAGUACGGACUCUGAUGUUGGCGGACACCGAGGUCAGCAAAAAGGUCAUUAAUAAUCAACUGGUGUCAUCAGUGGCUGACCUCAGCGAGAACGGGGCUUUCCCCAAAAGCAGAAAAGCAGCUUCCCUGCUGCUCUACAGUUUAUGGAACGAGAAGAAUUUGCAAGGUGUUGUGAAAAAGCUGGGGAUGGCCAAAUCGCUUUUUGUGAAUGACAACACCACAGCAAUGCACAAGUCGGUGCAAGUUAUUGAGUAAGUGUGAUGAACAAGUGGAACAGCAGCGCAGAGCCUGAGAGAUGGGAACCAGCAUGUUUAGACACUGGUGUGGCCACACCCUUGUGACAAGGAGAGCCGAAUUACAUUCUUCACAUGAUAUCCUUGUUGAAAGAGCCUAUCGAUUAAGAGUCAAUCAUAUGUUGAACAUACAUUAGACAAAAGCUUUAAAAUUCUUGAAUAAUCCUGUAGUGUUGUAUGUAUUUAACGUGGAUAUGUUUCUGUCUGUGUACAUAAACGGCUGAGUGUGUUUAUGGUAGGUGAAGUGUGCAUGUGCUGAAACCCAGUUGUUAUAGCCUGAGAGCCACAACACACCACAACACACAAUGUAGAUAAACAAUUUUAUCUGCAGUCAAAGUUACUUAAGGCAUGCAGUGACUGCUUAGAUUCAUGAAUGGCAAAUGUGUCUGUCUACAGUGCCUGAAAGGUAAGAUACCUGUUGUGGCCUCGAUGACUGAGCAGCCAACAAUGAAAGUAAUAAGAAAAAUACAGGGUUGCUAUCGGAAGAAAUAUUGUACGUUUAAAGAAUGUGCUUUGUAAUUAUAUAAAGUAUGAUGAUAACAUUUAUUUUAAAUAUGCUUUUUUUUUGUUUGCUUUCUUGAAGUUAAUGGAUUCAGUUGAAGUAAGAAAAAAAAACACUUGGAUUUGCAAGGUUUCCACAUGAACAUUUUUAAUCUCUAAUGCAGUUUAUUGAAUUUUUCUGUUACUUUGUUUGAGUUCAACAUUUUGGGAAAGGCGCUUGUUGGCUUUCUUGCCGAGAGUUGAUAUAAAUAGUGAUACAACUCUCAUAUGUGUACAUUAAAUAUGAGGCUACAACAGGCAAGCUGUUAGCUUAGCGUUGCACAAAGGAAUAAACAGACCGAAACAGCUAGCCUGGCUCUAGCCAAAAGUGACAAAGUCCACCUACUUGUCCCUCUAAAGCUCACUGAUUUACACAUUAUAAUUUGUUUGUUUAAUUGUUAAAUGAAAUGAGAACAGCAUCAGUCUACUCAUCUAACUCUAAAGGCAAGAGAGUGAAAAAGCAUAUUUCUCUAUCACUUUAAAGUGCAGUACCAAGAGUACCAAGUCUUUUAUUUUCUGUUGCUUUGUCAUUAACUUGCUUAUUGAACUUUUAAAAAUGGUACAUGUUGUUUUUGUUGGCUUGUUUUUCAUUAUAAUUUGUUUUCUUGCAUCAACAGAGGAAUUGGAGACAGAGAAGGAUUGGAAUAUAGAACACAACAUGUAACAGUAGGGCAAGACUGGUGCUCAUUCAUUAACUAUGUACAGAAAUUUGGAGCAAGUCAGUCGUCUGCUGGAAAAUCCCUAGAAGCCUGGCGUGGUCUGUGUUAGCUGCUGGCUGCAUAGUGAGAGCCUUUUCAGAGUUCUUAUAUCUUAUUCAACAGACCACACACAAGAGAUAAUGAAGGGGCUGUGCCCUUGAACAUAAUUGUAAUGAAUUAUGAUCUGUGUGGGCCACCUCAGGUGAGAGAAGCUACGCAUUCGAAUAUGUAAUAUUUAAAGGUUAAUUGUUCAAGUUUUAGUGGCAUCUAGUGUUGAGGUGACUCAUAUGGUCCUAUUUUAAUAUCUUUAUAUAAUAUAGACUAACCCUGGGAAAGUUUUUACUAUUUGUGUCUUCUUAUAUAUUAUAUUUGUAUACUGUUCUGUAUACUUCUUUUUGACCCAUGUACACUUUAUUCCCUCUUUUUAACAAAGAUUUUAGGUCUAGGUUAGAAAAUCUGAUUUUUCUGACACCAUUUGAAUGCACCAUCUGUCACCACCCCGCCCUCCUUUUACAAGCACGUAGGAGAAGCUACUGUGGCCGACACAUUCUUAUAUUGCAUUUCUGUCAAUAGAUCUUCCUAAAUACCGCACACUGGACCUGUGGUUCUCCAUCUAAUAUGUCAAUUUUGCUACCUUACCUAUAAAUUUUUUAGGGCUCAUUACGGGAUAUCUGCUGUCAUACCAAACUACAGUCUUUUUUACUGAAAAAACAGGUUUUAAGACCCAGUAUGAAAAAAUUACUAUUAAGUAUUUUUAUGAAAAGAUGAGAUUGUUGUGGCGAUUCCCCAUGGCUCCGACGAUACACCACGGCAGACAGUUUUUUUAGUCUUGAGACAUAUAGUCAUGCUUAGGUUCAUUUGGCUCGGGGAAGAUUGAUGUCAUGUCAGUAUUGCUUAAAAUGUAUUUUUGGAGAAAUGUGUGUGUGGCAUAUAAUUAGGAGCUUUCACUGUUAUUCAGUCUGUUCAUAGAAUAAAUUACACAUAUGAAAUAA